CGUCCGUUCGCUCCUCACAUACAAGUCGCCUUCUCGCUCUCUCCUCUUCCCAUCUACUCUUGUCUCUUCUCAACGGCUCUCGCCUACUCUAGACCAAAACGAGGACAACGGACGCUCGCGAAUCUUCUACUCUCCUCGUUCUCUCCCCCGCUGAACCCGUCAAACAUGCACGCCGCCAUGCUUCGCAGCCGCGCUGCCCUCCGUGUCGCCCGCCCCGCGCAGCGCGCCUUCUCGUCCAAGACCAUCUUCCCGGACGAGCCCACCAAGCCCUCGGUCCACACCGACGCCGUUCCCGGGCCCGCCAGCAAGGCUGCCUCCGCGGAGAUCGACAAGCUCCAGGACCCCCGUACCCAUGUCAUUGUCUGCGACUACGCCAAGUCGAAGGGUAACUACCUUGUGGACGCCGACGGCAACCAGCUCCUCGAUGUUUUCCAGCAGAUCUCUUCCAUUGCUAUCGGCUACAAUGUUCCCCAGCUCCUCGAGCUUGGCCGUUCGGACGAGUUCAUCACUGCGGCCCUCAACCGCCCUGCGCUCGGCUCGUUCCCUCCCGUCCAGUGGGCUGAGUGGCUCAACACUGGUCUCAUGACCGUUGCCCCCAAGGGCCUUGACAAGCUCGUCACCACCCUUUGUGGCUCGAGUGCCAACGAGACCGCCUUCAAGGCUGCGUUCAUGGCCUACCGCCAGCGUGAGCGUGGCUCGCGCGAUGCUCCUUUCACUCAGGAGGAGCUUGACUCGUGCAUGGUCAACCAGAAGCCCGGUACUCCUCAACUUUCUGUUCUUUCGUUCAAGAGCGGUUUCCACGGCCGUCUCUUCGGCUCGCUCUCGGCUACCCGCUCCAAGGCCAUCCACAAGAUCGACAUCCCCGCCUUUGACUGGCCCGUGGCGCCUUACCCCACCCUCCAGUACCCGCUCAACGAGCACGUUAAGGAGAACGAGGCCGAGGAGGCUCGCUGCCUCCAGGAGUACGAGCAGAUCCUCAUUGAGAACAAGAAGACUCGUCCCAUCGCCGCCGUCAUCAUUGAGCCCAUCCUUUCCGAGGGCGGUGACCGCCACGCAUCCGGCAACUUCUACCGCCAGCUUCGCCUGAUCGCCAAGAAGCACGGUGCCUUCUUCAUCGUCGAUGAGGUCCAGACUGGUGUCGGUGCGACUGGUACCUUCUGGGCUCACGAGAAGUGGGGCCUCCAGGAUGGCGAGGAGCCCGACUUUGUCACCUUCUCCAAGAAGAUGCAGCAGGCGGGUAUCUUCCACAAGUCGGAGUCCCGCCCCAACCAGCCGUACCGCAACUACAACACCUGGAUGGGUGACCCGAUGCGCACUCUCCAGGCUCGUGAGAUCAUCCGCGUCAUCAAGGAGUUCAACCUUGUGGAGCACACCCGCCAGACUGGUGAUGUCCUCACCAAGGCGCUCACCGACGUCUUCUCGCGCCACCAGAACCUCGUCUCGAACCACCGUGGUCAGGACGUCGCCACCUUCCAGGCCUUUGACUUUGCUACCCCUGCUGCCCGUGACGCGUUCGUCGGCAAGAUGCGCGCCAACGGUGUCCAGAUCGGUGGCUGUGGCGACAUGUCGGUUCGUCUCCGCCCUACCCUCACCUUCGGCGAGGAGCAGGUCAACAUUCUUGCGGAGACUAUGGACAAAGUUCUCAAGCAGAUCUAAGCCGCCAGGGGCUAGAUCCCAACGUCGAGCUGAGAAGCCCGCUCGCCUGCAACAUCUGUACUAAUAUGGCUCGACAAGCAAAACCUGCAGCGCGGAGGGUGUUCAUAGAUCCAAAGAUUGUGUACUACGGACAUGCAUGGGAUGUUGGUAUCAGU